UACAUCCUUUGCUUGGAAUGAAGAAAUCAAAAUAAAGAAUGUACUUACUGAGAGAAAGAAAGCUGCCUGAGAGAGGGAAGCGGUCAUGAGCAGGUUGCCAAACUCUGUCCUUUCUACGGACCUUUAUAGUGUAAAAUCGUGUGGUGAGGAGGCGGUGACCUUUGAGGAUGUAGUUGUGAACUUCAGCAAUGAGGAGUGGACUUUGCUGAAUCCAUCCCAAAAGAACCUCUACAGAGAUGUGAUGGGCGAAACCUUUAGAAACAUGGCUGCAAUAGGAGGACUUGGGGAUAUCCAGGAACCAGAAAAAGAAUGCAAAAUUUACUGGAGAUACUUAAGAAAUGACAAGUUAGGGAAAUCCUAUGGACAUACAUCUUGGAAUCAGUGUAAAGAAGUAUUCCUUGGUACUGGAGAAGGUAAUGUGAAAGUGAAAGAAACAGAAACACAACACAGUGUUCAGAUCCAUGAAAAAUAUUGCAGUGGAAGGAAACCCUAUGUAUGUCAGCAAUGUGGGAAAGGUUUUACUAUACAUGGAAUUUGUAAGAAAAAUGAAAGUAUUCACAGAGGAGAAAGACCCUACAUAUGUAAUCAGUGUGGGAAAGCUUUUACAACACAUACAUAUUGUCAAGUACAUGAAAGUCUUCACGUCAGAGGAAAAUGUUAUAAAUGUAAGCACUGUGAGAAAGCUUUCAGCACAGGUACUUAUUGUGCAACCCAUGAAAACCUUCACACUGGGCAGAAAUCGCAUAUAUGUAAGAAAUGUAGGAAAGCUUUUAGCAGUAAAAUUCAUUUUAAAAUACAUGAAAAUGUUCACACUGGAGAGAAACCCUAUGUGUGUAAGCAAUGUGGAAAAGGUUUCAUCCAACCUGGACAUUGUAAGCAACAUGAAAGAUUUCACACUGGAGAUAAACCCUAUGUAUGUAAGGAAUGUGGGAAAGGUUUUACCAGACAUGGAUGUUGUAAAGAACAUGAAAGAAUUCACACUGGAGAGAAACCCUAUGUAUGUCAGCAAUGUGGAAAAGGAUUCACCAGAUCUGGACAUUAUAAGCAACAUGAAAGAAUUCACACUGGAGAGAAACCAUAUGUAUGCAAGCAAUGUGGGAAAGGUUUCAAAACACGUGCAAAUUGUAAAGUUCAUGAAAGAAUUCACACUGGAGACAAGCCCUAUGUAUGCAAGCAAUGUGGGAAAGGUUUUAGCACACGUGCAAAUUGUAAGGUUCAUGAAAGAAUUCACACUGGAGACAAGCCCUAUGUAUGUAACCAAUGUGGGAAAGCUUUUAAAACACGUGGAUGUUUUAAGGUUCAUGAAAGAACUCACACUGGAGAGAAACCAUAUGUAUGUAAGCAAUGUGGGAAAGCUUUUAAAACACAGGGAUAUUGUAAGAUACAUGAAAGAAUUCACACUGGAGAGAAACCAUAUGUAUGUAAGCAAUGUGGGAAAGCCUUUAACACAUGUGGAGGUUUUAAGGUUCAUGAAAGAACUCACACUGGAGAGAAAACCUAUGUAUGUAAGCAAUGUGGGAAAGCUUUUAACACAUGGGCCGGUUGUAAAAAACAUGAAAGGCUUCACACUGGAGAGAAACCCUAUGUAUGUAAGCAAUGUGGGAAAGCUUUUAACACAUGGGGAGAUUUUAAGAUACAUGAAAGAAUUCACACUGGAGAGAAACCCUAUGUAUGUAAGCAAUGUGGAAAAGCUUUUACCCUACAUAGACAUUGUAAGCAACAUGAAAGUUCACACUCAAGUUAAAACCAGUGUAUAUAAGCAUCAUGAGAAUGGUUUGAGCACACUACAUAUUGUGUAAUGCAUGAAAAUCUUCACACUGGGCAGAAAAUCUAUAUAUGUAAGGAAUGUGGGAAAGGUUUUAACAGAAAUGCUCAUUGUCAAAUACAUGAAAAAAUUUACACUGUUGAGAAACCCUGUGUAUGUGAAGAAUGUGGGAACACUUUCACCACACAUGGAUAUUGUAAAAUACAUCCAUGACUUCACACUGGAGAGAAUCCCUAUGUAUAUAACAAUGUGGCAAAGCUUUUACCACAUACAGUCAUUGCAAAAUACAUGAAAGAAUUCACACUGGGAAGAACCACUGGCUAUGUAAGCAAGUGGAGACACUUUCAGCAGCAAGAUUGUAAGUGAAAUACAUGAAGAAAGUCAUCCAAGAGAUAAAUCCUAUAUGUUAUAGGAAUGCUCUCAGCAUACAUGAUCAUUGUUACAUAUCUGAAAGAGCUCACUGGUCACAGAUCCAAUGUGGAUUAACAAUGUGAGAAAUAUGGCAAUCCAUGUUUCUUGUUAAAUAGAAAAAGCGUCACUGUUCAGACAUUUUAGAUCUAAGUUUACUUUAAAAAUCCCAAGGAGACCUGAAGAAAUAAUCAAUACAGAAGAUAGAUGUCAAUAUUUCUUCACAAAUAUUCCAGAAAUGACAAACAUGAAGUGGAGCUCUACUCAAGUGCACAUGUUUUAUGGUUUUCAGUUAAUCACUUGUACCUCUCUAGAUUUUUAAAGUGUCUUUGUGCUUCAACAUGGCAUCUUGUAAUUAAACAUGCAAAACUGAAAUGGACUUUUCACUUUCAAGUAUGCAUAGUGUCUAUGUACAUAAUAUUUUGUCUUUAAAACUUAAAUUUUAUAUUUUUUGCUGAAUUGUAAUGUUGUUUAUUUAAAGAGAAAAAAAGAAAAAGUGUAGAAAUAAUACAGAAUUUCAGAAAAAUAAACAAUAGGAAAUCAUUAGUUGAUUAGUUUCAUAUUGUCACCUUGGAAGUAGUUGUUCAAGUUACAAAAUUAAAGCCUACAAAGUGAUAUUCAAAUAAUGACACUAACAACAGUUCACCUCAAUGAUCCAACAAAAAGUUAUUAGUAUGCUUAUCUAUCUUGCACACUUUUUUUUUUCUUAAAGAUGGUAAGGUUAAACAUGACAAAACAGAACAGAACUUUUUAUAAGGAAACAAUUAAGGAAACACAGAUUUCAAAGCAAGUCCACUGCAGAUGUUCACUGUCUAUCUUACUGUCUCUAGAUUUCUUCCAAAUAAUUGUUCCCAUCUUCACACACAUUGAAUAUAUACUGAACAUUAUAGAACUAAUCAAAUAAUUACAGGAUGAUGCAGGAUUUUUUGGUCUUCAAGACUGAUUUUGGCGAAUUCAGUGACUACGAUAAUAUCUCUCAUUCUCUUCGUAGUAGCUGUCUUUAUCUUUAUGUAUGCUGAAACUGAACAUAAGAGACUAGCCUAAUGUCACUCUGAACAGUCAAUAAUAGUAUCCUGAGAAGGAGAAAGGUGAGGAAUUUCCUAAAAAAAGGCAGGGGACAUUGUUAAAAGUGUAUCAGGAUUUAAAAACUACAGUAGUCUUGUUGCUCUGUUUAAUUUGGUUAUAUUUUGCUGUGGUCUGUCUAUUCAUUAGAGUUGAGGGCACAGAGAGAUAAUCCCAAAAUAACAGGUUAUACCAUGGUAACUAUCCUUAAUUUCCUAUUAAUUAAAGCUGAAAUGCUAUAUUACUUACAUUGUCUUCUAUGACUGAUCUUCUUUAAAGCUGGUUUGUUUGAAUGAUA